AUCUGUGAUCAUAACCUGAAAACUGAAAAACGUCUAUGAUACACAUUUGAAAAUUAAUUUGCGGUUUUCUUUAAUAAUCGAGUUCUCUUGAUUUUCAUAAUGCCUAUUGAUUAUAAGAGAUUGAAUGGCCCCGAGGAUGCGGUACCGUACAAAUUAUUCACCAAACUCAAUACGAAAAGUUUGAAGGAACAAUAUAAAUCCUGCAUUUCUGAGAAUGGGCUCAGGAAAGAUGGAAGAAACAUUCUUGAGCAUAGGAAAUUAUUUUUGAAAACAGGAGUUGUGGCUCAUGCUAAAGGAUCUGCUUAUCUUGAACAAGGUAGAACCAUAGUCGUUACUUCUGUAUUCGAUCCUAGGGAAAUUCCAAAUAGAACAGAUUAUUCCUCUAAGGGAGAAAUAUAUUGCGAAUUCAAGUUUGCUCCAUUCAGCUGCUCUAAAAGAAGGUUACAUCAGCAAGACUCUCAGGAGAAAGAAUACAGCUCUGUUAUGAAAAAAGCUCUAGAAUCUGUAGUUUGCAGACAUGAAUUUCCUAAUUUUCAAGUAGAUAUUUAUACAUUAGUACUACAUAAUGAUGGAUCAGCUCUUAGUGCUGCUAUAACAGCAGCAGGUGCUGCUCUUGUAUCUGCUGGAAUACCUAUGUUUGAUAUAGUUACUUCUGUUACAUUAUCAAUACAAGGGAAUACAGUAAUACUUGAUCCAGAUAGGACAGAAGAAUCUUUAUCAAACAUAGCCAUUGAGAAAGAACAUGGAACAAUUGUCAUGUGCUAUCUAUCCUCACACGAGCAAGUAACGAAUUUCUACCAAGUGGGUCAUUUAUCUGUUGAUACUGUGACAAAAAGUAUGGAUACCUUAAUUGCAGCAUGUAAAAAUAUAUUGCCUGCCAUUCAAAAAUGUUUUGUGAGAAAUGUAUUAGAAAUAACUAGAAGAGAAUAAAUUAUGAUGAAUA